UCUCGUGGUUCACUCAUUCUGUGCCGAGACAUCGCCGAGAGCGGAUCGCGAACCCAAAGCAAAAACACAAGCAAAUCGAAGCAAACGGUGAAGAACGAGUAGGAAGAAGACGAAGAAGUACUUUCACAGUAAUCACACAGUCGUUUGCUAAGCAACGCGAAAUUAUUUUUUUUCGUGAAUAGUUUUUCGCGAUUCGGCGGUGACCAACCGGAACGAGAUACGGGCCUAAUUCACGUGCAACGUUGAAAAGUAAACAUUUUUGGAGAGUUUUUCUUCGACCGGAAAUCGUGCAGGUUUUUGCGCUGUGAAGAAAAAUUGCCGACGACGACGGAAAAUUGUGCACAAACAUACAGACACACAUACACGCACGGGCUAAAAGCGUGAGAAAAUCGUGAGGUUGCAUUGACACACCAACUGACAGCAGCGUGGAGUAUUGAUUUUUUGGUGUUUUUUUUUUUGGAGUGAAUACGUGACGUCGUACACACGAGCCUCGGAUUAGUGUACAACGGAGAGUGGACACAGAUCGAUUCAGAUUACAAUUAUUGAUUCCGGCAGCACUAAACCCCGGUGUAAACACAACAAAAGAUGGCUUUCAUGAUGCCCGUGAUGAAGAACGAGUUCGACAUUUACAAGGGCCGCCAGCGGCGUGUGUCCGAGUGUUCGAACCAGAGCAACUGCCGGAGCCGGAAGGUUUCGGAGAGUUCACGCUCGGACUGUCCCAGUUUGUCAACAUCACCUGGGAAUGAGUUUAUGGCAGCCGGUUCGCCGGCUCGGCACCGUAGCCAUCCGAUGUACAUGUCUCAUCUGGCAUCGCGGCCCCAGUUUUCCCGGAGCGCUUCACGGAACUCGCAGAGUUCGCUGGUGACGAGUCCGACGAAGGCAGCCAGCGCCAGCAGUAGCAGUCCACCGAAGCCGGCCACCGGUAGCCAGAGCAGCCUGAGCAGUUUCCACACCCGGCUGGUCGACAAGCUGCGAAAGUCGUUACGGAAGAGCAAGUCUUCCGAUGGCGGCCGUUCAUGAGCAGGCGCAACGAUACCUAGUACUGAACCUCCGGACGCCGAUACGGAUCAGCAGCAGGAUGACGGGGACGGCGGGGUCGACGACGACGAGGCGGAGCUGGUUCUAUCGGACAGUGUGCUUCACGUGACGUCUAAACCGCCACUUCCCCACCGCUCCAGUACGACACCGUUCCGGACCAACAGCAGCAACGGCAGUGGACGGCACCGAUCCAGGCGAGGCACGCUCAGUGCUCCGAGGUAAUUUCUGGCCGAUGACGCAAAACCGGCCACAGAGAAGAAGGGGUUAGAUCUUAUCUUUGUAUUGUUAACUCGGAACAAGCUAUUAAUACGACCAGAACCAACAUCGAGUGGAGAGAAACGGGUGCCAUUGGAGUACGUUGAAUAUCAUUUCCGUUCGGUUUCUGUAAACGUGACCUGACUCGCUGAACUAUAGCCGAAUGUGAAAGCACAACAUAAUUUCAAAAUUAUUGCAAAUUUGAGUGUUGGUUUUUGACAGUAGUCUACAUUGAUUACGGUAGGGAUCAGCAGCAGCUUUAAAUAAACUUAUUUAGACUUGUAAAACGACACAUCAUCGUCCUCAUUUGAUUUUCAUGUUUAGCAAAAUUCAAAGCAAAACGUUACUCUGCAGUAAUCUCACAUUUCUGAAUCGCUUCGUUGCUCAACUAUGACCGAACGAAAAAAUAAAAAAAAACUCAUGCGCUUGAACUGCGUGUUUUGCAUUUGGCUUAAAAUUGACAGAGCAUUAUGCAAAAAACAAAGCUUAAAAAAUGUUAUACAGACCGGUAUCUUACGUAACCCAAUAACACAAACACACAUCAGUCCCCCGCCUGAUAUAUACACAUCUACCAAAAACAUAUUGAACUAUACUCCUGUAUCUGCUAGUGUAUAUGUGUGUACUAAUAAUCGAAUAUUCUAAACCGGCAAUGGAAUAAGCAAAAACGAAUCACAAAAAAAAACGCAAACACGGGAUAUAUUGAUUAAAUCUAAUCCAAAUCUGUGAUAUGUGCUGAAUAUACAUAGAUUUAAAUUAGAUAAAAAAAAAGCAAAACAAAACGAAACAACACAAUUUUACACAAUGUUUUAACUCAUGUAACCUGAUUUUCGGGCGCGGAAUGAAACGAUAUUAUCGGUUAUAAAAAUUGCAAAAACCGCACGCUAAAUUGAAACGAGCCUGACUAUUGCAUCAUGUCAUCGCAAAAUGUACGGUCUUUUUUUUCGCUACUGCAAGCAAUCGUGUACGCAAGUAACCUGAACUCUGUGUUUGUGUGCGUGGUUCAAGUGGGGCUGCCGAAUCGGGCUUGACAUUAAAGUUUUUUUUAAUCCCAACCGCAAUACAAGCCUGAUGAAUGUUUGAAGGAUUGAGCUGUGAUUCAAAGGGAGGGGAAAGCGCCGAACGCCAUGUGAGAGCUUGUACAUUUUUAUUUAUACUACACGAGGGGGGAAAGAACAGUCGAGAAAAAAAGCAGAACGUGCAGAGAAACCUUUUCCUUUUUUUUUGGCAGUUCUCAUAGACAAGUGGAAGGUUUACACGUCCAUUUGUCGGUGAGAGGCGGUCAUAAAGUUCGCGCUUGAUGCAUAUAUUUACAAAAACUAAUGGAAAUAUCACUGUUGUUCGUAUGUAUACCCACUAAUCUCUACACCUUUACUGUACUAUACAUGUAGCGAGACAGGGGGAAACUAAAACCGGUUACCCGUUUUCAUCGUCUUGGAGAAAGCACCUUCUUUACAACUUUGGUGAACUAACCUACUUAGAUGGAACUCGUCUUUUCUUUGCCACAUCAAUUUCGCACAUUUCCUAUACUAAGAAAUAUUUAUAUAGUAUUCAAAGUCAAAUAUGAACAAAAGUUGAGAAUCAAAAGAUCUAGCAAAAUUUAUCACUCUCAUUAACACAUCUAACACACCUGUAAAUCGGAGCUUUAUUUUAAUUUAAAGACUGCUGCUUAGAGUUAAUCAAGGAUAUAAGUUAUCGCGUGGAAGGAGAACCCCCAAGUUACUACAUUUAAUUUGUACUUAUUAGUUUAAGAAUCGGUAUCAUAGAGCCCAAGUGCAUGUGACAUUUAGCGUGAUUUUCAUUUGAUAAGCUGUCAAGUGAGUACUAAAAUUCUAGCUGUAAUGCUUUUCUGUAACUGAAAA